CCGCCCGCAGCCCUGCCUGCUCCCGCCUCCGAAGCGGCGCCCGCCGCGCUCCGCAGCCGUGCUCUCGGCCGAGGCCCGGCCCGCUGGCAAGGCCGAGCCGCUGCGUUUUAUUUCGUUUGAGAUUUUUGCAUCGGCUGAAGUUUUGUGGGUUGGGUUAAACUCGGGACCUCCGCGAAGAGGACCCUUUUUUUUUUUUUUUCCUUUCCAAAAUGGCAGCCUCCAGCCGCGCACAAGUGUUAGAUCUGUACCGGGCGAUGCUGAGAGAGAGCAAGCAUUUCAGCGCCUACAACUACAGAACAUAUGCUGUCAGGAGGAUAAGAGAUGCCUUCAGAGAAAAUAAAAAUGUGAAGGAUCCUGUAGAAAUUCAAACCCUAGUGAAUAAAGCCAAAAGAGACCUUGGAAUAAUUCGUCGACAGGUCCACAUUGGCCAACUGUAUUCGACUAACAAGCUUAUCAUUGAGAAUCAAGAGAAGCCCAAGACCUAGGAGCCAGGGACCUGCCACCAGCGGCAGCCGGGGACCACCUUCAGCAUCCAUUCUGUGCUUGGGAGCCUCCAGCUCUGCCUCCCUGUGGGAGCCGACAGACUGAGUCACAUUUGCGUUUUGUUGCAGCCUCCACAAGAGAGGAUGGCCGUCUCCCCUCGGUUCAGUGCUAGAGUGGGGGAGGUGCGUAUGGCUGCGCCUCUCUCCUCCCGCCCCCUCCGUAGCUCACCGCCACCGUAGUGCGUUUCCGGACUUUGUGUCUUGGUCCUUGCCAAUAAAUAGGCUUGUCUCCCUAAGCCUCUCACACCAGAUAAACCCAUGGCAGUGAAAGCAUGUUCAUUUCCUGUUGCUGCAGGGCUUACAGCAGGCUGUGGGGGACCCCUGGGGAGCGUCCAGCCCUGAGCCCAGAACGCCCUUUGUGAAGGCAGAGAGUUAGGGGGGUAGGGAGUAGUGCAGGGGUACAGGGUUCACCAUGGGGCUUAUACCUGGGCCUGUGUGUGGACACACACCCAGACAGCAUCACAGCAUGAGCCCUACCUGGGAGCUUGCUGGAAACGCAGGCUCUCACGCACCUCCCCACACCUUGUGAAGGAGAGGCCACAGUCUGCCACCACCCCCAGGUGACUCACGCAGGCUGGAGUCUGCUGGCGUCUGACCCAGCGGGUGAGGCACCACAGUUUUUCUGUAUUUUUAAAGCUCCCCCUGUGUUUUUCCUGGUUAGCUAGUUUGGGGACCCUCUGCUCUGCGUAUGUUACAGGUAAUAAAGGUAUUGUUUAUGUGCUUUUA